GGGAACAUUUCACGCGUUAACAGCGCAGCUCUUCAAAGUAAACGCAUUUCCGGCCGUGCUUUUAUUGUGUUCGUCUCCUGAGCGGAAGUGGAGCGUAAGCGUUAGAUAAGGAGCUCAGCAUCGACUCCGCUGCUGCUGCUGCGCUUCUCUUCACUGUGACUGUGCGGAGAUGUUAGACCGUUCUCGGUGAAAAAGCACCGAAGCUCUGCCCCGUGGAAAUGCCUCACCGCCGCAGGCUGUAACCGAGCGGGAUUCGCGGACAGCCGAGCGGGGCAGAGAAGGCCAGGUCUCCGGGACAGGUUGGGAGGAAAACACCGGCAGGAUGUGGCAAGUUUUAGCAUGCGGGGCUGUAGUUUUCCCCGGUCUUUUCUUCGUCUUCAGGAAGAUUCUGCCCGCCGUGUUCAAACACUGGACCGAUGCCGACGUGGUUCUGGUCAGCGAGAGACUGGUGUCCUCCAUCCACGCUGUCAUGGCAACAACAGCAGGGGUCAUCGUGGUUUCCUCAUGCAGCAACAACAUCAUUUAUGACAGGCACUGGCUGGCCACCUAUUUCGUCAUUUGGUACGGCGUCCCCUACAUGACAUACGACAUCUUCGCCAUGUACCUCAGCCACUACUACCGCUACCACGUGAAGGGCCACGAGGACUACAAGCAGCACUCGCUGAGGACCGUCAACUCCUUCGUCCGGAGAGAGUUUCUGCUGGUGCUGCACCACAUCGCGCUGCUCACCAUCCUGCUGCCUAUCACACUGUUCUUUAGGAAGGACCAGGGGGAUUUCUUCAUCGGCUGCUUGUUCCUGACAGAGCUCAGCACGCCCUUCGUCUCACUGGGGAAGAUUCUCAUCCAGCUGAGCCUCCAGGAGUGCUGGCUGCAUAAGGUCAAUGGUGGCAUGGUGCUGCUGACCUUCUUCAUGUGCCGCAUCGCCCUCUUCCCCUUCAUGUACUGGAUGUACGGCCGUCACUACGGCAUCCCGCUGCACGCCGUUCCCUUCCACCUGCCGCUCGCCACCAACCUGGGUAACUGCUGCAUCCUGGCGCCGCAGCUCUACUGGUUUGUGUUGCUGGUGAGGAAGGGCUACCGACUGUACCUGCGGAGCCGCGGGCCGCCGUCCACCAAGGAGGAUUGAUGCUGCGGCUGCGCUAUCUGGACCCGUUACGGUACUGUAGUUAACCAGGACUGCCUGCUCUCUGUCGCUCCUCCUGGGCCUCCAUACUCCAACUCCUCUGUAACAAAGCUGUUGCCUGAAGGACCUCUCACUCUUGUCUGAUUUUACUGCACUCUGAAGAAAGGUCACAUUCACCUCACUGGGAGCGGGAGGCAGAGCUUCCUGGGGACUUUCUCUGAUCUUUCACUCCUGCUGCUGAUGGAGAGGUUUGUUACGGCACUAGCUGCUAGCCGCUAGUGGUCGGUGGUUAUGUUACAGCUCUGAUGUCACGCCUCCUGGGAGCGCCUCAUCCCCAUUUAAAUCUGUUACAAAUCUGCAUCGAUAUUCCAACUACACUGUUUAUUUUUAAACUUUAUCGGGGCGAUUAAACGUUUCUGAAAUUUCAGGGUGGCAGAAGUUUCAAGGGCUCAUUUUUAGGAUCUGAUUUCAUCGUUAAAAUCGGAAACGAAUUGGAUCAUCCAGGAGUUUUUUUUUUAAUUUUAUUUCAUUUACUGCUGUGUGAUUUUUCUAAUGUGAAUUUCCUUUUUCAUUGCAUAAUCUCAGUUUAGGUUACACUGGAGGAGAGCGGAGUUAGGGCAGCUGGGAAGAGGCAGGAUGAUGGCUCAGGUUCUGAUCCAGUAAGGCUAAUGCUAGCUUCUCAGCUGGAUUUAUUGUCCAGAAACCCAGUUUAUUAACAAAAAGAAACAAUUCAGCAUGCCACCUUAAUUAGGACAUCACAAAACUUCAACAUUGAUAUUCCAGCACAUUUAUUUAGGUAUUUUUUCCCCACUUUUUCCUUUUUCCAAUUUUUUCGUUUCUUUUUUAAAAAUUUUUCUUUUCUUUUUUUUUUUAAUCCUGGCCUUUUUUUCUCUUUUAGUUCCCAACAAUUUUAUUAAAACCAGAAAAAUGUAACACUAAAAUAUUCAAACCGGCCAAACAGGUGUACGGAUGGGCUGACCAAUGAGCUGUCAGGGGGCGGGGCUUGCGGUGUGGUUGUAGCAGAGGCUCAACCAUUUAAACAUCCAGACUUUGUUUUUCUGCACCACCUGAGUUCAAAUCAGCAGUUUGAGGUUUUGUUUGAACCCCGUUGGGCCUUGGGCCCGGACAUGUCGCCCUGCUAACGAGGCUGACAUCAGGAGGUCAGAGGUCAGCCUCUCAGUGGGUCCAUCAAUUUGUGUGAACUUCUUUUAUGAGUGGCUGCCUAAAGCACUUAACAGGAAGGACUGUAUAUGAAGAUUUAAAGAUUGAAAUCAUGUUUUAUUUUAGCUUGAAGACAGUUUGCUAACUCAAAGUGAACCUGCUGAACAUGAGAGGACCAUUCCCUCAUCCUGGUAGAUAUUUAUCAGAAAGAUAAUCAACACUUAUUGAUUAGUUUUAGUUUGCUGUCUAUAUCAUUAAAAUAUCUAUAGAAAAGCUAAUUAUAUUUCACAUCUAGGGUUUGAAGUCAUGAAGACUUUGUGUGUCAGAUGAUUUUAUUGUUUCCUGUAACUUCUCUAUGCAACAGAGGCCUCUGCAGCGCCGUAGUCAGCCAUAAUGAAGUCAUCCUUUGACAUAGCGAUCCAACGCUAAGUUUCUAACGUCUGGUUCGUCAGAUUUAAAGCUGUAGGGUCAUUACUGAAAGCCGGAUCAGAAUUAAUGCGUUCACACAGCAGGUCAAGAUUCUAAACUCACAUUUGUAAUUUUUGCGUGGCCAUUCCUGACACUAAUUAAAUACGACUGCAAUCAGAUUUCUGUGUGAGCGGUUUGACACCAAACUGAAGAAGAGCGUAGCUGUCUUCCAGCAGCAUUCGGUCUACAGCAGCAAAGAUGGCCGCCGCACUCUGGAUGGGUUUUAAAGUUAUUCAGAGCCGACAGUAUGGCCACCAGAUCAGAACCAAAUCACAUCAACUCAUAAAUAGAAAGACCAGCUCAGAGCCCUUAGUGGAGCAUUGACUCCGGCUUCUGACCCGGUUCUGUUUGGACAUGGAGUCAGACCAGGAGUGGUGGGGUUUGGCUGUGAUGCGUUCGCUAACUCAGACUGAUUUCAUCACUUCGUUAUUAUCAUUAUCAUUUUCAGCUGUUGUUUACAUCCAGAUUUGCUGCCUGGAUUCUUCUGAUCAAGUAAAAUUCGGAUAAAAUGGGACACGACUGUUCAAACUGCAGACGUUUUGAAAAUGACCAGAUCCGAUUUAGUUCCACGUCUGGAAGUGGAGCGGAUCUGAACGGGGCCGUUCAGGCUGCUGUGACAAAGUCCGAUUUGGGUCGUAGUCGCCUGCUGUGUGAACGUACGAGACACUACGGAUAACAAGGUGGAGAAGAUUCUGCGAAGAACCAACCAGUGAAGAUUGGACCACUUUGACCAAUUGGACCGAUUGGUGGGAGGAAUCGGUCCGGAUGGAUGAAGUGAGGCCUGUUGCUCGGCUCUGUUAACGGUCGGCUUCCUGGACCUAGAGCGGAUGGAGUAGAGCGUCUCCAUGCUGGGAAGUCUUUACUCUCUUAGGAUGUCUUUCCACAUCACAGUUCGGUAGAUUCAGUUCUGUUGGAACCAAAACUUCACCAUCUGAUCCAUCUCCAGCUGCUGUGGUUCUCUUGUUCUUGGUUGGUUGCUUGGAGAUUGCAGCUAGCUUAAAGCUGCUGCUGCUGGAAGUUCCAACCUUCAUCCAUAGCCAGAUGAUUACCUGGUGCAGAACCGUGAAGCAGGCCUAACCAGAUCUGAGUCCAUCUUCAGUGAUCCAGCAUUUCUAACACUGGCCUCAGUGAUUUAAGCUAGCAGAGCAAGUUGGGUUGUAGCAGAGCAUGGGACUAAGCUGAGUCAGGAAGUGUUUGUUGUUGUCUGGAUUACUGAUGGGAUCAAUCAAAGUUCUGAUUGCUUUGUGGUUUUAUUUCCUCCACCCACAAACUAACAGAACUUGGACACCUCAGUGUUUCAGAUCAUCAAACCAGGUUUUAUAUCAGACAAAGAGAAACAAAGUAAGUGCAGCCAAUUCAUUAGGACCUGUCUGAUAGCAUGAAGUAGGCAAAUCACAUCCAAUCUGAAGAAAUUCGAGGAACAGACUAUAAAUAAGCAUCCCUCAGUCUGGAAGGAGUUACAGAACCGUCUACAAGGUUCUGUAACUCAAUAGGACUGGGAUCCACUCAUGGAGAACUGUCCCAGGAAAGGCUAAGGUACCAGAAUGGCUCCAGAAAAACAUCAGGGUUACUCAUCCAGGAGGACCAAAAGAACCCACAACAAAAUUUUUAUGUCAUAUUGUCUGAAACCAUAGCUUCUCCCUCAGUUAAGGUCAGAGGUCUCGACUGCACAAUAAGUAAGAGAAACUGGGAUAAAAUGGCUUCCAUGGGAGUGAUCUAAGACCAGAACCACUGCUGACCCAAAACAGCACAAAGGCUCAUCCUAAUGUGAUGGAAUCAGGAGUUCUGCUCUUUGUCUGACUGUCAGUCAGGUUGUGAUCUUAAACUGAAAUAUCUCAAAAACCAAAACGAUGGUUUUGGAGUGGCCUAGUCAAAGACUUGGCGUAACACUUUAGCACACCCUCAAACAGGUUAAUCCAGCUAGAAAACCCUCCAACGUCUGAAUUAGAUAAUUUCAGUAAAGCGGCGAGGGUCAAAGUUCGUCCAGAGAGACUGAAGAACACCUGGUGGAACCAGCAGUAUGAAGGUUUGGGGUGUGAAAACUUUCCCCAGCGGAUCGGUCGGGUUCCCUUUGUCUCACAUUAAGUCUGGUUUGGUGAUCUGAAGUGUCUCUUUAAUGUGCUAAAGCGUUCCUGCAGAUCAUUCCCUUCUCAUUCGCUGAAGCCAAUCAGGUUAGGGUCCUCUGCUGCCCCCUGCUGGCGGGACUCAUUCCUCCAGCCGCAUGAUUUUCUCCAUCCAGCUUCCAUAAAACGCGCUGAAGAAAAGGAAUAUGUUGCUGCUUUAUUAAUACAUAUUCUGAGGUUUUAAUAAACCAGAUACCUCAAACAUUAAUUAUUUCUUGUUUUGCUUUCAAGGUGAAUCUUAACUUAAAGAAAUGAAUCAACCCAUAAAAAAAUCUGAGCCACACAUCUUAAAUCGAAUACAUGUAGCAUUUUUAUUUUAAAACAUUUUAAUAUGUUUUUAUUAUUAAUGUACUUGUGAACACAGUAAGCAUAUCUUUAUUUGUAUGGCAAGUCAUUAGUAUCAAAAGUAAAUCAUAAAUAACAGGAUAGGGCAUUUUAACCAGUUCACCUCACCUUACCAACUAUUUUUAAGACAUCAAGCAUUAUUAAUCUUUAACAGGAACAUGUUUAUUUAUUAUUCAGUACACUACUAUAGUUUUCCGUUUUGUUUCAUAACCUGUACUUAUAUUUUAGUGAUUCUAAACUUGUAGUGGUCUGUUAAAAUACCCUAAAGUCCAGGAGGAAAAAAAAACUUCUUGAUAAUAAAAUAUACACAAAUGCCAUUAUGUCACUGUUGCUAAAUAAAAAUACCCCCAGCCCCUCAAAAACAAAGUUUGAUUAGAACAACAGGGGUGUCCAAACCUUUUGUCACUGGAAUCUAAAGUACUUACAGAUCAAAAAUUUAAAAAAGUAAAUAGAUUUUGUUUCUCGGUUUGUGGGAAAUGAAUAUUUUAUUCAAUAUAUACAUAAAAAAAACUUUAAAAGGAUUUAAUUAUAAGAAAGGAAUCUGGUUUCCAAAUUAUUUUGGCUCAAUUGAACAAAUUUAUUCUCUGUUAUAAAAUCAGAAUUUGGGUCACUUUAUUUCAAAAUUAUUAUGUUUAGCCUGAUUUAAUAAAUUAAAUAAAAGCUGGUUUAGGUGUAGGAAAUUUGGCUUUUCUGGAUAAAUGUUCAACUCUUGAUUUUAAAAACCUGGAAAUUAAAAGACAAAUAAUUUGCAUUGUACUGAACAUUUUCCAUUGUUAAAAUAUGUUUCUUUUACCUUUCAAAAUUUUACCUUGAUUAAAAAUAUAACAUUGGACACCCCAAUGCAUUAACAUGCAGAUUAUUUUUUAUACCAACGGCUUGCCAUAUAUCCAUCUCAUCAAAAGCUUUCAGUAAUAAUCCAGAACUUUUUUAGAUCCAUAAAUUUCAGUCCUAAGUAAACCAAAGUGUCCCGUCUGUUUAACUUUAUUUUUAGCAUGUAGCCAUAACAAUACAGACUUAUAUUAAAGUUUUAUAUUAUAAAUUCUAUUUAUCAUUUUUGAAAAUGGAGUUAAGCUGCAAAAAAACAUUCACCAGGAUCUUCUAAAUAUUAUUGGACGCAGUUUAGACUUGCAGGGCCACUUUAUUAGGAACACCUAUUUUAUUAUUCCCAUUAUUGCUGAUCUACUGGGAUUUUCACCGAUAACCUCUUAUCCUGUUGGUUUAUCAGCCGACUUUUACCAUAAAAGAAGACUUCUUUAGAAAACAAAUGUGAUUUUGAUUUAUUCAACCUGUUUAAAAGACAGCGAUACAAAUUGUCUGACAGUAGGCUGAAUGUUUCUCUGCAAACAGGAUAUUUUGAUUUUCACAAUGUGAAAGGCUCUUCAAAGUUUUUUUUUAUCUACAAAUAUUUAAGAUUCCACUUUCUGUUAAAAAAAAAAAACAUAAAAUAAACUUUUUUUCCCCUCAUUUAAUCAAAACAAAAUACUGUAAUUUUUGAGGCUUUAGAAUUUUGUUUUGACUUAACAAUUUUGUAAAUAAGUUUGGACACUGCUGUCCGACUGAAUCUGUGUACCACAGCAUGUAGGCGGUUCUGAUGACGGGGUUUGUACCUGAUAAAGUGGCCAUGUACGCCUCUGUUUCUACCUAGUGGUUGAAACUGACAAAGUUUUAUCCCCGACAAUUGACCCAUAGCAUGUCGUUCCUGACCCGCCUUCAGUUAUAGGUCAAUAGCUCAACAGUCCAGUCCGGUUAGGGCGCAGUACUUCAAUCAGUGGUCAGAAAAACCUUGCAGAUUUGUCAUCGUACUAAGAAGACGCUGAGCACAACUUCCUUCACCAAAAGGAAACGAAAUGGAGACGUCAGAUUUUAGUGGUGUAAGACCACGAGCCAUUUUUCGCGCUAGGCUAGCAUGUUUGUUUUGGUUGCAUUUACCCAACCAAAACAAACCAAAAUGCCCUGCCCUGUAAUCCACUUCCUGCGUUUGGCGCGGUCUCCGGUCCACUUGGCAUUCACAUAUGCUUCCAAACCGAACCAGAGUUCACUUCAACAGAACCCAGACCGAGGUUUGCAGGACCAGAAUUCGAUUAGCCUUCACACCUCACUAACAGGACCAGACCGAACAGGGCCGAUGUGAAUUCACUCCUUCUUACUCCCAACCUAUGAUUUUCUUCUUUGUUCUUGCAUUCAGCCAUUAUCACUAAAGGUCAAUUCACCGUUGACCAAGAUGACGUUUCUGGUAAUGGUUAUAGUCAGGAGUUCGCAUUUUAACAUAAAGGUAAAUUAGGAUUGUUGAUCUUCCUGUUGAAUCUGAAAUUCAAAGAUAUUGAUUUUGGUUGUCAACUUAAACCCUUUAACAGAUUUGGCAAUCGAGCCAUCUGCUAGAAUGUUAGCAUGCUAAUCUUUGAGCACUUUUUUUCCCAACAACACAUUGACCUCUGCUAGAUGUUAUUUUACUGCUGCGUCACAUCAAGACCUUAAUGAAGCCUUUGAUAUUGUUUCAGGCAGAGUGGAUUUUAAUUCAUACAUUCCUAAUUAUCCAACAUAAUCAGCAUAUGCUAAUUUUCAGAACUGCUGAGUCACUUUAAGCUCAAAGCUGGCAUGUCGACUAGCUAGCUGAGACUUCUUUGCUAACGGUUUCACAAAAGUUUGUUUCUGACAGAAAGACAUAAUAGAAAUUAUUUAUUAACUUCAGUGUGUCUGAAUAAACUUUAGAGUCAAUAAUCAACAGAAUAUGAUGAUGUAAACAGCCCCAAACUACAUAUUUGUGACCAAAAUCUCAAAACAAUUGAUCCACUUUACAAUAACGCUUCCCUUUAUAAAUGUAUAAAUUCGGUGAAUAGCCAGGAUACAUUUAUAAAUCACCAAUAAGAAGCUUUAAGACUAUUUCUACUAAUUCAGACAGAAUAACUGUUUUUUUUUAAAAUUGGUUUAAAAAGUAAUUUAGUAGACUUUAACAAUGGUACUCCUGUCUUGAAAGCAGUGAAAUUCAAUAAACUCAAAUUUUUUUUUUGGCCGUUUUGUUACUACGGGCCUUCAAAUUAAAAGCACUAGUAAGGUAUUACUGGAACCGGUUUAAAUUCUACGAUCUUUAACUAAAGACCGACUUCUGUUGCUAUUUUAUAACAGUAAAUUUAAGUCCAGAAAGUGGACUUAAAUUUUCUAAAACAUUCUUUUUCAUUUUUCUUUUUUUUUUCAUUUUCUAAAAGAAUGAAAGUCAAGAGUAAGAGGAAAUGUAGUAAAAAUACUAUAUAAAUAAAAAUGAAGUCGUUUUGGUUUCUUUGGCCUUUAGACCAGGAGUUUCCUGAUGCCAAACAAACCGUUUUUAUUAGUUUUUUUGCUUUUAAGAAAAUAAACUGCGUAUCCAGAAACCAGGCGGUCAUUUUCCUUCCUGAAGAACCAGAAGCUGAUAGAUGUAAAACCAGAUGUUAGGAAGAUGUUUUGUUUGCCAGAAAAUAAUAAAAGCUGAUUUGAAAACUUGAAUUAACCCUGUUUUUAUGCCGUUCUGCAUGGAGUUGUGGGUCAUUUGCACUAAAAUGUUGUUACAGGGAACAGAGAGAGGACACUGUGCUGGUCAGAGCAUUUCAGCCUAAAGCUAACGGACAAAACAUGCAGCUGGUUUAGAUUAACACUAGGGGGCAGCAAAUCACGCUGGUCCACCAGCUGCAGCAUCUCAUCUGGUUUUUAGUAGAACAAGAAUGUUUUUAGUAAAAGUCAUGCAGCAAAACAUGAAGUUUUGUACUAAAAUCCUGCUAAAACAUUUAUGUAUAGAAAAGGAGGUAAACCCUGCAGGAUUUUAGAAAGAAAAAUUCAGGUGUUUAGUAUAAAACAUGCAUUUUUUAUGUGUACUGCAGCUUGGAUUCAGCAAUUGAAUAUAAUUGAGUUUUGCAGUGAUUUGACCAGAGUCAUAAGGCUGGAAGAGGCCUUUCAGAGUUUGGAUGGGACCACCAUCUCGCAUGUCGCCACUAGGGGUCAGCACUGACUCUGCUUGCUGGUUUUGCUUUUAUUUUGUAAAUUCAAUCAGCUCCACACAGUGGGACGUGGAGACGAGGUUUAUUCCUCACUUAUUUAUCAGAUAUUUACAUUUUCAACACAAACUCAGCCAAAUGAGAGUGUUUUAGGUUAAUUAAUGUGGAUUAUUUGAGGCAUUUAAACGGAUUCAGAGCAUGAAAACAUGGAACCCAUCCCUUUCUGACAGCUGCCAUAUUUAUUAAGCUAAAACAUGUUCCUCACCUGUUGCUUUUGUGACAGUUUUUACAUUUACCAGAGCGUUUAAAUCUGAAGUUUGCGUUGGAGCGGCUGACGGUUUCAACCGUCAACCUCGACCGGAUCGUCCAGUAAGAAUUUCCCAUUCCUCAAAGAAAUCCUGCAUGUGGCUCAAUAAAAAAUAAAUAUCAGAGUAAAACUUUUCCUAGGGCUGAAAUUGAUCUGUUGACUGAACCAAACUUGGUCUCCGGUGCCUUGUGAAAUAUUUGAUAUUUAUAUCUACAAAACCAAGUUUAAAGAGCUAAGUUGGCAGGCCGUGUUUCCAGGUUGUGGCUGUGUUUAUGAUAUUCUUUAUUUUAAAUUAAAGUUUGCAGAAAUGAGGCUCAUUAAAGUCAACUUUUGUUUUUAACUCAUAGAUAUCUGUUGUAAGGAGGUGAAAAUCUAUAUUUUCUAGUCUUGCAGCUUUUAAUUGGGCAUUCGGAUAAUUUCUUUCUAUUGCUUGAGGUUUAAAUUUUGGUUUAAUUUGCUGUGUCUGUUGAUUAGUGCAGAGGUGUCCAAAGUGUGGCUGGUGGGCCGUUUGUGGCCCUCAGAAUCGGUUUGUUUGGUCCAAAAUUCAAAACUGAUGUUUGUUUUUGUUUUAGGAAAAGUUUUGGAUUUUAACCGAAGGAAGUAAAACACAAACCAACCAUGCUUUUUGCUUUUAUUUAAGUCUCAAACGUCCAGUGAAUUUUACAGAAAAUCAACCCAAAAAUACGCAAGAUAAAACUGAAAUCAGUUACAACCUGACCUAAAAUUUAGUUCAGUUUCAGGUUUUGUCAUUUCCAUUUGGUCAGGAUUGACCCUGGAGUUCAUCAGGGCGGACAGUUUGGACCCCUCUGCUUUAGUGUUUUAACGUUUGGAGUUCAGGCGUGACUCUGCUGUCCAUAUCACUCCGUUUUCCCAACCAAUUUGAACGCAGCGCCUUCACAACCUUUAACACUUCCUGCCCCUUUUAUUUUUGAUAACUCUAAUUUUUUCAAGCAUAUACAGAAUCUAUCUCAGACUUAAUCCAUCUGUUCCGGUUUUUUUGUAGCGUGACUUUUUUCGGGGAAACUUUUCCUACCUAAAAUGUGACUCAGCUGUUUUCUGAGAUGAAGCGGAGUUAUGUAAUGUAGCUUGUGAAAUGAGAGCACCCCUUUAAAAUCCAAUAAAUUUGAUUUGAUAGAC